AUUUUAAUUUACCUAGUCCGUUGCUUGUAAAAAUCUCCAUGAAAAUUAAUAAGUUUGAUGAUUACUCGUCUAUGGAUAAAAAGCUUAUAAAAGUAGAAGAAUGUCGUCAAUUUGGAGAAAU